AAUCGAAGUAAAUGUGUGGGUGGGACUAUAUCUAGCUGCAAAAGUUGGAUUUCUGCAGCAAUGUCUAUUCCUGGUGCUCUGCUGUUGCUUGUAGCCCUGGCUACUAGUGGACAAUGUACUGAUAACUGCUAUGACCACCAGACAGUGGACUACAAAACAAGCUUCUCCCCUGUAGAGUGUGGACAACAAUGCUCAGUCACUCCAUUCUUCUCACCUGAUCACUCUGUGAACAUGUACCUGGACCUCAUAGAGUCAGCAACGGAGUCUAUAGAUAUCUACACACCUGGUUUUACCAGUUGGAGUAGAUGCACAUACUACAAAAAAGCGUGUGAUAAUGAGUGCAUUGGUUGCAGCCUUACGGAACAACGAAACGAAUCAUUCCCGAUCUUUCCAGCCCUCCUCAAUGCUAUGCAUCUAAGAAACGUGUCCGUUCGACUACUAACUAACAACUUCUCCCAACCAACUUGCCAAGAUCGAAUUACACCACUAGACUGGCUAUUCCUAAAUGGAGCUGCUAUUAAAUUUUAUCAAACCACAACUUUCAUGCACUCCAAAUAUGUGAUGGUCGAUAAAGGAAAGAGAACAUCCGUCUCAUCAGUCAACUUCAGUCAGACCUCAUUCACAAAGAAUCGAGAAGCUGGUGUAGUUCUAGAAAAAUGUGACUGUCCUACGAUAGCCUUCUACAAGUCUGUAUUUGACUCAGACUGGGCCACAGCUGACGAAUACGUUAUCACAAGCAAGUACAGCACAUCUGAGCUGGACUAUAUCACAGACAAGUCUCUUAUGGAGUACCCCUCUCCCCCACGCUAUGUUGUCCCCGGGGCUUAUGUAACACCACUAACAACGUACGAUGCUGUGACGGUGAGGAACGGGUACACUUCCCCGGACAAUGCUCGCACCACUAUCAUGGACCAACUCAAGAGUGUCAAGUCUAGUCUAGAGGUGGCUAUAUACCAGAUCACUGACAAGGGACUAUGUGAUCAGAUCAGCACGCUACACCACAAUGGCGUCAAUGUUUCCCUACUUGUGUCAGCCACCAUUGUCUCCUCCACUGACUGGAAAGACGCUCAACAAUGCUACUGUCAGCUGUACCAAAAUGGGAUGAAGGAUAUUCAAAAGUCCCUCAAAAACUUUAGGUUUGCACAUCAAAAGUACUGGAUUAUUGACGGGAAAGCUGUUCACCUUAGUACAGGUAAUUGGAGUCCCAGUGAUUUCCCGAGUGGUGAGGUAUACCCUGCACAUGCCCCACAUAGCGUGAACAGAGACCUACUGGUUGCCAUGGAGGGGGAGGACAUUGUCAACGCCUUCUACACAGUGUUCCAGAAUGACUGGGCAGCUGGCACAGAAUGGGAACCAAAGUAUUGCAACUAAAACUAAAAAAAGGACUGGAAUGGGAAGCACUGAAGCUACACCGAGAAACUUUGCUUGUGUAUUAAUGUAAUUAUUAGCUUGAUUUGUACCUUCUAAUGACUAUUCACGUUUAAAUGUCUAUUAUUCAGGCUCA